AUGGACAAUAACAUUGGACUUAGAAAUAGUGUGAGUUUUUUUAUCUGUCGUUGGUUAGAUACAUGUGGGCGAAACGGCAUUAUCCAGAACCCAUCUAAAUUCAAAUUUGCCCACGAUACUGUUGAAUUUGCUGGUUUUGAGAUCACCCCGACCAAUGUCCGUCCAUCAUCCACCACCCUACGCGCUAUCACCGAUUUUCCGGUUCCCAAGAACAUAACAGAUGUGCGAUCUUGGUUUGGCUUAGUCAACCAGGUGUCAUAUACGUUCAGCAUGGCCGACAACAUGGCACCCUUCCGUGACCUACUAAAGCCACAAUCCGAAUUUUAUUGGGACGAUCGAUUAGAUGAACUCUUUGCUACGUCUAAGGCGAAAAUCGUCGAUGAAAUAGAAGAGGGAGUAACAAUUUUUGAUGGAUCCAGACGCACUUGUAUUGCUACCGACUGGUCUAAAACCGGGGUGGGCUUUUGGCUGUACCAGAAACAUUGUUCCUGCAUGGCCGAAACCCUGUUUUGUUGUCAUACGGGGUGGAAAGUUGUUCUCGUGGGUAGCCGAUUUACCCACCCAGCUGAAUCACGUUACUCGCCAAUUGAAGGUGAAGCGUUAGCUGUAGCGUACGCCUUGGAUAAAUGUAGACAUUUUGUUUUAGGAUGCCAGGACCUGAUCAUCGCUGUCGACCACAAGCCCUUGCUUGGACUGUUCACCAACCGGUCUCUCGACAAUAUCCCUAACAAUCGAUUGCGGAAUUUGAAGGAACGUACACUACGUUAUCGAUUCUCCAUGCGACACAUCUCAGGAUUGAAAAAUCGAGUUCCAGACGCACUGUCACGCCACCCGGCAGGUGAUCCGACUCCUGAAAAGUUAGUACUGCCUGAUGAUAUCUCCUGUAUUGCUGCAUCCACUGCAUUGUCUUCAUUGAAAUCUACAACUUGGGAGGACGUCCGUUCAGCAACAACCGCGGACGAGGAGAUGAGGAUACUGGUAGAUCUAAUUGAAUCUGGCAUUACCGGAAAUCGGGAAGACUUACCACCUCAUCUUCAGAUUUACCACCAGUAUCGUGACCAUCUCUCAACAGUUGACGGUGUCGCUCUCUACAAGGACAGGGUUAUUGUUCCGAAAUGCCUACGCUCCAAUAUUUUAUCAAGCCUGCAUGCUGCACAUCACGGAGUCACAUCCAUGACCUUGAGAGCAGAAUCUUCCGUCUUCUGGCCUGGCCUUACUUCUGACAUCAUCAAACUACGACAAGGGUGUAAAAGCUGCGACCACAUCGCACCAUCACAACAAUCAGCUCCACCGACCCCUCUCAAUUAUCCUGAUUAUCCAUUUCAACAACUAUGUGGUGACUUCUUCCACUAUGCCGGUCACAAUUAUCUUGUUUGUGUUGAUAGGUAUUCGAAUUGGCCUAUCGUGGAAGAAGCCAGGAAUGGGGCCAGUGGCCUGAUUGAUUGUCUACGCCGCACCUUUGUCACGUAUGGCAUACCCGACGAAUUCGCAUCGGAUGGGGGGCCAGAGUUAUGUGCAUCAUCUACAUCAACCUUCCUUCGAAACUGGGGUGUCCACCAUCGUGUUUCAUCGGUCGCGUACCCACAUAGCAACUGCAGAGCUGAAGUUGGUGUUAAGACUGUUAAACGGAUGCUAAUGGAUAAUGUCGGCCCCAGUGGCAACCUCGAUACAGACUCAUUCCAACGUGCCAUGCUGCAAUAUCGCAACACACUCAACCAAACCACAAAACUGUCACCUGCCAUUUGUUUAUUCGGACGCCCCAUCAAGGACUUUAUCCCGAUUCUUCCUGGUAAAUACCUUCCCCAUCCGACAUGGGUGAGCAUGCUUGAGGAUCGUGAGAAGGCCCUUAGACGCCGGCACAUGGCCAUCGCUGAGAGGUUAUCUCGAUACUCAAAGCGAUUGACACCCCUCUGCGUUGGAGACAAUGUUCGAGUUCAAAACCAAACUGGCCCAUACCCGCGUAGGUGGGAUAGAACCGGAUCGGUGAUUGAAGUUCGUCAACACGAUCAGUACGUUGUACGCAUUGAUGGAUCUCGGAGAGUGACAUUACGCAAUCGUCAGUUUCUUCGGAAGUUUACACCCAUCCAGCCUAACAUACCAUUUGAGCGGCUUGCAGAUGUUAGGCGCACCAUAUCACCGACUACCUCGCCAAUGAUACCAGCCAAACCGUCGGAUCGCGAUAUAGAUGACAGCAGCCACUCUGCAGACCAGCCUCGAUUGUCAAAAUCUCCGCCUCCACCAGCUGAACAUGUUGCAACCCGGAAACCCGUAUUUGAGGAGGGCACUUCUACCGCACUCCAGUCCGAUAAAAGUCCUCGCAUUGAUUCACCUUUGCCAACGUCACCACUACCUUCGAUUCGUCGCUCUACGAGAGAGCACCGUCAACCAGCAUAUCUUCAGGACUUUAUCAUGAAUUAG